AUGCCUCCGAGACUAAGAGGACGUGGCAAGGGUCCCAUGCGUGGAGGACCGUCAUCUGCAGGACCAUCUCACAGACGCACUCCAUCGGCGUCUUUUUCCACCUCUGACUCUCGCGAUAUGUGGGGUCAACCAUUCGAGCCGGCAAGACACUCAGUCUCGCUCAGCUCUUCGCCAUCUUUUCAUCCGUCUUUCGGACCAUUUGCUCCAAAUGAGCCCGAACACUCUCACCAUUCAGACCAAUCUCACCAUUCGCAUGAAUCUUACCCACCGCAUAACUCUUUGCAAUCUCAUUCAUUUCAUCAUUCUGAAUCCCCCUACUCUCCAAGACAAUUCAACCCAGCCGACUAUGUGAACGACUUCCUUGGCUAUAACCCAUUGGGCCUUGAGGACCAUUUCUCUCAGGAAAUGGAGAUGGAUGAUGACCCCGACCAGGAGAUGCAAACAGGAACCCCGGGCCACCCUAUCAGCAUAUCUAGUGGGUCUCCAUUUCGGGGAUCUCCUUAUCGUGGACCCGACUCCUUCCAAGAGAGGAUGGCCACCUAUGACUGGUUCUUUACUCCAUCUUAUCAUAGCUCUCCGGCUCAACCACCUUUAGAUGAUCCUGCAAGUUUAACAGAGUUGAGGUCACCAGAUUACACGUCACUAACCUUGAAAGUUCGGGUUGUCACAGAUCCUCAACUUCAAGCUGUCUCACCACCACCACUCCCGGUAGAGGAGCCACCGCAGCAGCUACCACAACCACCUCCCGAGCCUUCGAGGCGAAGAAGGAACGCUCGCAUGUCCGUUAGAGGAGGACCCCGUUUUAGUUCUCCUCGAGGGUCGAGUUCCUAUCCCCCUAUUCCAGAGGACCCUCAGAUGGGUGGGCCCUCAAAUGCGGCACCGGAGGAUAAUCCUCCGCAAGCUUCUUAUGUACCACCUAUGCCGCCUGUGGGAUUUGAUAACCCAAUUCCGACAUACCCAGGUUCUUCCGGGUAUAAUCCUUAUGGAGACCCAUCAGGAUAUCCAUUGGGCUAUGGAACUCAUGACCCAUAUCUUACGGCUGCGCAGUAUCACCACCGUUAUCCUUCCACUUACCCUCCUAUACCUCCAACUGACUACCCAAUUCAGGGUUAUCAGUAUCCUCCGUAUCAGCCACCUCCUUCCCAGCAUCUUCAGCAGCAGCAACAAACUCAGGAAAUCUUAGAGAGGUUGGAUAAGGUUGAGCAUAAGACCAAGAAGGACAAGGAAAGGCAUACUAGCUUCAUGAAAGGCCUCGCCAACCUUAUCAAGGGGAAGAAGAAGUAG